AUGCUGCCAUCGCUGCAUACGCGUAGUGACUGUACAGUAAAUUCUGUAACAUUUAUACCAGACGCAACUCAUCUCCUUAGUUGUAGCAGCGAUGGCAGCAUAGGAUUAGUAAGAUGUGGAAAUUGGCAGUUGAAAAAACAUUGGACGUCAGCUCACGAAAAUUCAAAAUUAAAUACAUUAGCAGUUCAUCUCACUGGUAAAUUAGCAUUAUCAGUUGAUACUGACGGAGUAAUUCAGACACGGAACCUGGUAAAAAGACAACAAGUUUACGCGACGAAUUUAGUACCGAUGUUGAAACUUAAUGCUAAAAAUAUAACCGUCUUACGGUGGAGUCAAGACGGUUUCAAAUAUUUGAUGGUGGCAAACAAUCAGCUGGACGCUUACACGGUGGAAAAUGCUGGUCUUUAUGCUGAAAUUACACUGGACUCUAAAAUCAGAUCACCAAUACAAGUACGAUGGAAAAUAAACUAUCUUAUGGGAAAGUAUAAAGCCUGUAAAGAUAUUAAUGAUAAAAGUGGUAGGGAGUUCAAAAGUUUACAAGAAGAAACACCAAGUUUAUUUAAACCGUUAAAUACAUCAGUCAACAACCCACCUGAUGCAACAUCUAAUAAUACACCUCUGCCCGGCACUAGCUCCAUGAAAACAAGUAAAGGUUCUCAAAACCACGAACAAACAUCAAGUUCAUUAAAACAAUUAAACCCAUUAGUUGAUAAUGCAUCUAGUUCAACAUUUUCCAAUAACAUAUCUCCUCGCGGCACUGGUUCUAAAAAUGCUAAAGUUAAAACAGAAAUAGAAAAACAAUGA